CCGCUCCGGGCUCAGCCGGCAGGCGGGCGAGCGCGGCGCGGCCCGGGCCGGGGGGAUGUCUCGGCGGACGCGCGGUGAGGAGUUGGACGAGCUGCACUCCCAGGACACGGACUCCGACGUUCCCGAGCAGAGAGACAGCAAGUGCAAGGUCAAAUGGACCCACGAAGAGGACGAGCAACUGAGGACCCUGGUGAGGCAGUUCGGGCAGCAAGACUGGAAGUUUCUGGCCAGCCACUUCCCUAACCGCACCGACCAGCAGUGCCAGUACCGGUGGCUGCGAGUCCUGAACCCCGACCUGGUCAAGGGGCCAUGGACCAAGGAGGAAGACCAGAAGGUCAUCGAGCUGGUCAAGAAGUACGGCACGAAGCAGUGGACGCUCAUUGCCAAGCACCUGAAGGGCCGGCUGGGGAAGCAGUGCCGUGAGCGCUGGCACAACCACCUCAACCCCGAGGUGAAGAAGUCCUGCUGGACGGAGGAGGAGGACCGCAUCAUCUGCCAGGCCCAUAAGGUGCUGGGCAACCGCUGGGCCGAGAUCGCCAAGAUGCUGCCGGGCAGGACUGACAAUGCUGUGAAGAAUCACUGGAACUCCACCAUCAAGAGGAAGGUGGACACCGGGGCCUUCCUGAGCGAGUCCAAGGACUGCAGGCGCCCGGUGUACCUGCUGCUAGAGCUGGAGGACAAGGACGGCGGCCAGGGCCCCCGGCCCCCGGCAGGCCAGGGCAGUGCCGGGCCUGUCUGCCCCGCCGGGCUGCCCGCCAUGAAGGAGGAGGAGAGCAGCGAGGAAGAGACUGUGGCCACCACCUCGGCGUCUCAGGAGCCAGACACCGGCUCUGCAGAGCUGGACGGGCCGACACCCGAGCCCUUGGACCUCUUCCUCAAGCAGGAGGCCCAGGAGGAGGAGGAGGGCGAGGAGGGCGGCUCCCCGCAGGAAACCAACCUGCCCUACAAGUGGGUGGUGGAGGCAACCAACCUCCUCGUCCCCGCCAUGGGCUCCAGCUUCUCUGAGGCCCUGGACUUGAUUGAGUCGGACCCGGACGCGUGGUGUGACCUGAGCAAGUUCGACCUCCCCGAGGAGCCGUCGCUGGAGGCCAGCCUGGGCAGCAGCCCCCUGCGGCCCCAGGUGCCCCCCAGCCGCCCACCCGCCGGCCCGGCGCCCAGUGUCACCGAGUACCGCCUGGACGGACACACCAUCUCGGACCUGAGCCGGGGCAGCCGGGGCGAGCUGAUCCCCAUCUCCCCCAGCACCGAGGUGGGCGGCCUGGGCCUGAGGACGCCGCCCUCCGUGCUGCAGCGGCAGAAGAAGCGGCGCGUGGCCCUGUCCCCGGUGACGGAGCCUGGCGGCGGCGGCGGCCUCUCGGGCCUGGACUCCUGCAGCCUCACGCCCAAGAGCACCCCCGUCAAGGCGCUGCCCUUCUCGCCCUCCCAGUUUCUGAACUUCUGGAACAAGCAGGAUGCGCUGGAGCUGGAGAGCCCCUCGCUGACGUCCACGCCCGUGUGCAGCCAGAAGGUGGUGGUCACCACACCCCUGCACCGCGACAAGACGCCCCUGCACCAGAAGCACGCUGCGUUCGUGACCCCAGAUCAGAAGUAUUCCAUGGACAACACUCCGCACACGCCCACCCCCUUCAAGAACGCGCUGGAGAAGUAUGGACCCCUGAAGCCCCUGCCCCAGACCCCGCACCUGGAGGAGGACUUGAAGGAGGUGCUGCGCUCCGAGGCGGGCUUGGAGCUGGGCAUUGAGGACGACCUGAGGCCCGAGAAGCAGAAGCGGAAGAUGGGGCUGCGCCGGAGCCCCGUGAAGAAGGUGCGCAAGUCUCUGGCCCUGGACAUCGUGGAUGAGGACAUGAAGCUGCUACUGUCUCCGCUGCCCAAGCCUUUGGGCGUCCCCUCCGGUUCCUCGGGCCUCAGCCUGUCCCUGUCAGGUGUCCAGGAGGACACCAGCCUGCUCAACCGGGGCUUCCUGCAGGCCAGGCCCGAGAAGCCUGCGGCCGCCCCGAAAUCCCGGAGCUACUUUUCUGCCCCGGCCCCCAUGACCAGCGCCUGGAAGACGGUGGCCUGCGGCGGGACCAAGGACCAGCUGUUCAUGCAGGAGAAGGCGCGGCAGGUCCUGGGCCGCCUGAAGCCCAGCCACACAUCUCGGACCCUCAUCCUGUCCUGA